AUGUCACAAUCUCUCGCUCGUCGCUUAAGCCGUUCUGGGCUUAUGAGCUUUGGCGAUGUUGAUCUUACCCAAGUCUCUCAAGCCUUUCACGAUUGCAACGCCAGACUCGCAGGCUCAAGUGGAGAUGUGGGGGUUGGUAUGAACUUAAGUCUUGGUAUCUCGGAUCGGUUCCACGAUGCAUUUGUAGAAUUGAUGAGGCUUCUUGCUCAUGCCCAAGAUGUCCUACAUCCACCGACCAGGGAUGGCAUUGUUGAGCCCAAGCCUGAGAUUAUCGGAGCGCAGCCGCGUCUCAUGACGCUUCUACACCAUUUUGACAUGAUGAACAAAAGCUGGAAGUCUCAGUGUGUUGAGUUACUAGAAUCAAAUGAUUCCGGCAUCUCUAAUUUCUCACGGCUUCUGCUACAUGCAGAUUAUGAGUAUCUUCGGCUAUAUGAGUUUUCGAUUGCACUCGGAGCAUACUCAAAUCUUUCAGGGGGCCAACCCGAUAUAGCCACUAUUUCUGGCCGGCAUUCCAUCGAUGCGCUUGAGAACGACUGGGAAUUUCCGCCUAUGGUUGCUCAAAAUAGUCACACUAAUAUUUCCAGCUGGGGAGUCGUUGCUACAUGCACUGGCGUCGUCACCAACCUCGCCGGCCUUUGUGCCUGCCGAGCUGUAUUAGGCAUUCUCGAAGCCGCUUUCGGGGCCGGUGCUCCCUACUACCUGUCUUUAUUAUAUCAGCGUCGCGAGCCUGGACUACGCGUUUCUAUUCUUGCUGGAAUGUCCCCACUUGCAAACUGCUUUGCAGCGUCUCUUGCCUACGGAAUCUCCCAGAUAAAUUCAUAUGUUGAACCUUGGAGACUGAUUCUGCUGAUUGAGGGUGCACCGGCUAUCAUCAUCGCCCCUUUUCCCGAUUUCUCAGCGAAGAAGAGAGAGGCUGCCGUCACCCGACUUGGUACUAAGGACACUACAUCCAAAGAGAAACUCAACUGGAAACAAGCCACAGCCGGUCUUAGAGACUAUCAGACAUAUGCCUAUGCUAUUAUUCACUUCUGCUGUAAUUACUCGUUUGCCAGUCUUGCAAACUUUCUUCCGACCAUUGUCCAGAGUCUGGGCUAUAGCAGCAUUAAGGUGCAGGGCCUUACUGCUCCUCCAUACCUGGCUUCGUUCAUUCUCUGUGUUACUAUUGCCUUUUUCUCCGAUCAAUUUGGUUACCGAGGCUUUGUCAUUGCUGGGUAUUCCGCUAUGGCGGGUAUCGGCUAUCUUCUAUUAGCCAUUAUAGAAGAUAUGGGAAAGGCUCAGAUUCGUUAUCUUAGCAUUUGGCUUGCAGUCAUGGGCGUCUUUCCCUGUCUGACACUUAACAUCACAUGGCUUCUUAACAAUCAAGGUGGUGAAACCAAGCAUGGCAUUGGCCUGGCUGUUCUCGCCAUCUUGGGUCAGUGCAGUUCAUUCCUGAGCAGCACUGUAUAUCCCAAAUCCGAUGCGCCGUUCUUUCUCAAAGGGUGUGCAAUUGGAUGCGCGUUGACUUUCGCGAUUACUAUCAUGUCUUUGGGUCUGCACUUCAAGUUAGCCCACGAAAAUCGCAAACGGGAUCGUGAAACUGGACCGGUUGAGUAUCACGAACAGCUUGAUUUGACGAUGUUGGGCGAUAAGUACCCCAAGUUCCGCUACGUUACUUAA